AAACAUUAUAUCGUCCAGCACGCAUUCAGUCGUUCUCCGAACAGCAGUGUCUACAGGCUGUUCUGAAGUUACUUUCUGCCGUCUCAUAGUGGUCCGAUUGAAUAAGGGAAGAACAACUGCCAGAUACAGAAGGUCGUGCGCCUGUGAAUUUGGAUGAAUCUAGUACCUGUUCUCGCGCAUAUGUUCUAUUAGAAUCGCAUUGCUACUCACCAUCGUUUUACGCAUGGUGUGGGAUUCUUCGAAGGCUUGAGUUGUUUUAUGCUCUUUACGCUAGUGUUCAGAUAUAAAUUGCAGUAAGUCGUAAUGCAGCAGAAGAGAGGUGUAGGUAAUUGAAAACGAAAUUGUUACGUCCAUACACAGUACACACAUAUCGUGAAUUGCUAGUAGAGAAAACUUGCUUCAGGCUCAGCAAGUAAAGAAGAAGAAAUAAGUGUCCGCGAGAGAGAAAAGAGCAACCAUGUCCGAAGCGAAUGAAAGUGGCAGUUGCAGUGUAACUAAUAAUUUACUCGAUGACAAUAGGAAAAAUGGCACCGUCCGUGUGCAGAUUGUGCCUUCACAGCCCAAAACGCUAUCUCACUUGCCAACGCGACCGGCCGUGGAUUUGGCUUUCCAUAAUCUAAACUACCGGGUCAAGGAAGGACGCCGCAACAAUGUGAAGACCAUUUUGAAGGAAGUCAGCGGCAGACUGCGAUCGGGCGAGCUGACGGCCAUCAUGGGACCUUCGGGUGCGGGGAAAAGCACACUGUUAAACAUUCUCACCGGCUACAAGACCACAAACAUCGAGGGAUCAAUUACGAUGAAUGGAAAGGAGCGUAAUCUUAGUCAGUUUCGCAAGUUGUCGGCCUAUAUCAUGCAGGACAACCAGUUGCAUGCCAAUCUGACUGUGGAAGAAGCAAUGCAUGUAGCUACCAGUUUAAAGUUGAGUCAGCGAAUCGAGAAAAGCGAAAAACUACAUGUGAUUAAGGAAAUUUUGGAAACACUUGGAUUAGACGAACAUCGAGCGACACUGACGAGAAAUCUCUCCGGAGGUCAACAGAAACGUCUCUCAAUCGCUUUAGAGUUGGUCAACAACCCUCCAAUUAUGUUUUUCGAUGAACCGACAUCCGGUCUCGACUCGUCAACUUGUUUCCAGUGCGUUAGCUUGUUGAAGUUCCUCGCUAGAGGAGGGCGGACAAUAAUCUGCACGAUUCAUCAACCGUCGGCUCGCUUAUUCGAAAUGUUUGACCAACUGUACACUCUUGCCGACGGGCAGUGCGUGUAUCAGGGAAGCACCAAGCAAUUGGUACCAUUCUUGGGAACCCUCGACUUAGAAUGUCCGUCCUACCACAAUCCGGCCAGUUACAUUAUUGAAGUUGCCUGCGGUGAACACGGCGAUCACACGCGCAAAUUGGUGAAUGCUAUCGACAACGGCAAGCGAGAUGUUCGUGGCGAGAAUGAUUUUCCAGCGUUGAAAAACAAGAAAAACGAAAACGGAAAUGUCAAUGCUAAUCUGAAGUCCAACUACGACAAGCUGAAUGGCAACAGUAACAAAUAUGCUGAAAAUUUGAAUCUUGGAGGUAACGGAUUACUUCCACCGUCCAUGGUUAAUGACAUCGCGAAGGAAACUACGACGGAGACUGUCAAAAUCAGCGUUGAGCCAGAAAAGGAACCGGAAGUCAAUACCGCUCUGUUGCCCGCUGAUGGACAAAUUGAUGCCGGUCUAUCACCGGAACGGUACCCAACCUCCGAGUUUCACCAGUUCUGGGUGGUUUUGAAACGAACACUGUUGUUCAGCAGACGUGACUGGACACUUAUGUAUCUUCGUUUAUUCGCCCAUAUUCUGGUUGGUUUUCUGAUCGGUGCUUUGUACUACGAUAUCGGUAACGACGGCGCCAAAGUACUUAGCAAUCUUGGAUUCCUGUUCUUCAACAUGCUAUUCCUGAUGUACACCUCCAUGACGAUUACCAUUCUAUCAUUCCCGCUCGAGAUGCCAGUCUUGUUGAAGGAAAAUUUUAAUCGUUGGUAUUCACUGAGGUCAUACUAUUUGGCGAUCACAGUUUCGGACAUUCCAUUUCAAGCGAUAUUUUGCGUGUUCUACGUAUCGAUAGUUUAUUACUUUACAUCACAGCCUCUGGAAUGGUUCCGCUUUUCCAUGUUUCUUGGUUCUUGCUUGCUGAUUUCAUUCGUUGCUCAAAGUGUGGGUUUAGUCGUCGGAGCGGCUAUGAACGUACAAAACGGUGUCUUUUUGGCACCAGUCAUGUCCGUACCGUUCCUGUUAUUCUCCGGAUUCUUUGUUUCGUUCGACGCCAUUCCAAUCUAUCUUCGAUGGAUCACAUAUCUGUCCUACAUUCGUUAUGGAUUCGAGGGAACUGCGCUGGCUACCUAUUCAUAUGGCCGUGAAAAGCUGAAGUGUUAUCAAGUAUAUUGUCAUUUCAAGUCUCCGACAACUACGCUGGAAGAGUUGGACAUGUUGGACGCUAACUUUACGCUGGACAUUGUCGCCCUGGUGGUCAUCUUUGUUGUAUUGAGAGUUGCAGCAUUCCUGUUUUUGCGAUGGAAGCUCAAGACCACCAGAUAAAACAGUGCAAUUAACGCAGUAGUGCGAUAUACAAAGUUAUUACUCGAUAAUAGUUUUAUUAUUUUUAGUUCAGGGGUUUAGAAUAAAACUUUUCACUUCGUGAUAACGAAUGAUUUAUCCACCAAGCCAAUUUUUGUGUGAUGUACAAUUGGCAACAUGACCUUAGAUAGCUAUUUGUAUUUCGAAUGUAACGUGACUGCAACGCUGGAUGUGAUGAGGAAAGUCAGCAAAAAUUCAACGAAUUAAGGUGUGAAAGCCAAAAUAUAAACUUGAUACCAUACCAAUGAAUCAGCAUUGCGCUAGUGGUUGACAAGCAAACAUUUCAAUUAAACUAACAAUAACUGAAGGGAGUACGGAUUUGUAUACAGAAUAAGAAUUACAUUAACAAACAAUCAGGAAUUCAUGGAAUUUUUAGCGUUUUUACAAGUUAUAAAACUUUUCAGAGCGAUACCAUUGUGAUACUUUUGAAAUUAAAAACCAAAAAAAUGAUUAAAAAAAACUUAAUGUA